AUGUACAGACAUCCCUCAAUACCUUCGUCGAAUAUCGACGCGUCUGAGGAUGGCCUCCUCGAUAUCUCGACUGCGCCUACGACUCCGGAUGGCAGCUUGACUUUCAGCCCUGUCUUGCAGGCGUUGAAGCUGCAGGAUGCGUUGGAAGAUGCUGCUUCGGGGCGGGGCAAGCAAAGAACGAGCAGUACAUCUCUGGAUGCAGCGAUGAGGGCGAGCGGAGCCGGGGUGAAUAAUAUCUGCUGUGUUGGGGCGGGAUAUGUUGGUGGUCCUACAGCAGCCGUAAUGGCCUUCCAAAACCCCCAUAUCAAUGUCACAGUCGUGGACCGAGAUCCAGUCCGAAUCAAGCAGUGGAAGACGAAGCACCUCCCAAUCUACGAACCAGGCCUGUACGAAAUCCUCAGAAUCGCGCGAGAUGGCUCGAAAGCAUGCUCCUUUUACAAUGAAGCCACACGUUCCGAUUCCCUAGACAGCAUGUCCUCUGCGAGCUCCUCCACUUCAGAAUGCGAAAGUCAAUGCGGAGACCACAGAGACGAAAUCGCAAUCCAAGCACGUGUACCGAACCUCUUCUUCUCUACCGAGAUCUCGAAAACAAUCAGCGAGGCAGAUAUCGUACUCAUUGCUGUCAAUACACCUACAAAAACGCGGGGAAUGGGUUCCGGGAAGGCAACAGAUCUUACAGCUCUGGAAGCCGUGACGAGAGAAAUAGCCAUCCACGCCAAGCCCGGGGCAAUCCUCGUAGAAAAGAGUACAGUACCUUGUAGAACGGCAGAGCUCAUCCAAGACACACUCAAAGUCCACCGCCCAACCCAAUCCUUCGAAGUCCUCUCCAAUCCCGAGUUCCUAGCCGCAGGCACAGCAAUUACCGACCUACUCUCCCCGGACCGCGUAAUAAUCGGCUCCUCAUCCACCUCUGCCGGCCGCCGCGCAGCCGAGACUCUAGCUUCCGUGUAUGGCUCCUGGGUACCGAGAAACCGGAUAGUAACAAUGAACACCUGGUCCUCGGAACUCUCGAAACUCGUCGCAAAUGCCAUGCUCGCCCAGCGCAUCUCAUCAAUAAACUCAAUCUCUGCCAUCUGCGAAGCGACAGGGGCCGAUAUCUCCGAGGUCGCGCAGAGCGUUGGCAUGGAUCCGCGGAUCGGGGACAAGUACCUGAAAGCCGGGAUCGGGUUUGGCGGAAGCUGUUUUCGGAAAGAUGUCCUGAGUCUGGUGUACCUUGCAGAAAGCCUAGGAUUGCACGAAGUGGCAGAAUACUGGACUGGUGUCCUGAGCGUCAAUGUCUGGCAACGCGAGCGCUUUGUACGGAGAGCGGUUCGCUGUCUAAACAACACUAUCGUUGGCAAGAAAUUGGCAAUCCUCGGCUACGCAUUCAAGAAAGACACAAACGAUACCCGCGAAAGUCCCGCUUUAGAAUGUAUCAAGAUUCUUCUCGAAGACUGUCCCCGCGAACUCGCUGUCUUUGACCCCUGCUGCGACCCCGCUACCGUCAAAGCCGAGAUCGGUAAACUGGUAGGGAAGGAGGUGCUAAAGGAAAAUGGUGGCAGUAUUGAGGUCUACGCUGAUGCAUACGCCGCGUGUGCAGAUGCUCAUGCCGUGCUGAUCAUGACGGAGUGCGAUGAGUUUAAAACCUCGCCUUCAUCCUCGAACUCAUCACCAACCCUCGUCCCUAAAUCAAAACCCGCGUCGAAGAAAGGACCAGUUGACCCACGGCCCUUCGCCCGUCUCGAACCCACGGAAUCCGAGAUCCUCCAACUUCAAAAAUUCCUCACCUCCACCUUUGCGGUCGACGACCCAUUGCAAAGAUUUGAGACUGAGCAAGAAUGUGGAGAGGAAUGCAAACUGUGUGCUGGGGAAUUGGGAGAUGAGCUGGAGAAGACUGUUGUGCUGAGUAAAGAGGGAAAUAUGAAGGAUAAGCUGGAUUGGGCGCGGAUCGCGUAUCAUUUGCAGAAGCCGAAGUGGGUUUUUGACGGAAGGGGGGUGGUGGAUGCGGAUGAGAUGCGGGGCUUGGGUGUUAGGGCUGAAGGGAUUGGCAGGGUGGGAUGGAGAGGCAGACGUUGA